GCUUCUUCCUCCUCCAAUACCACCAUUAGGACUGCAUACAUCGUCAUGGCGAGCAAAAGACCCGAGUACGUGAUUGAGCACAUGGAGGAGGAUGACCCUGAUGCUCCCAGUGUCUUCCCGGAGUGGGCCCUGCUCGAGUAUCGUCACAUGCUUUCGCUGGUAGGGGCAGGAAGUACUGUCCACUUCACUUCACUGUCUUCAGCUUCUCUAGACUCUCUCCGUGAGGCCCUCUCGAGCUCUUCCUCUACCAACCCUCCUCGAGCUGCAUUCGAGCUACACACCGCUUCUAUUACAACGCUGGCUGAGAAGCAGGGCAUCCCCCUCUCAUCCAUCUGUCUGCUAGACCCAAGGGCACAGUACUGCCUCCAUGCUUCCGACGCUGGGAAGUACCCGGCCCCCUCUGUAUCCGAAGAAUCUCAGGAAGGACAGGCAGGAGGACCUUUUACGCAUUUUCUCUAUGGUGGGAUUCUAGGAGAUGACCCACCCCGAGAUCGUACUUCUUCCCUCCGGGCUCUCGGAUUCCCCGGAAGGCACCUGGGCAAGGUACAAAUGACCACAGAUACCGCUCUCGGCGUGACGAAGAGGAUUGUAGAAGACGGAAAGGGUAUGGGUGAUCAGGAAGGGGUGCGAGGCGAAGGUCCCGAGGGAGCUUUGCAGUGGAUGGAGUUCCCUGAGCUAAAGUUCGGCAAGGGAGAGUCAGUCUCCAUGCCCUUCCGCUACAUGACAGACGAGACCGCUAAGGGAUCAGAGCCUCAGCCGCUGAUGCCCCCUGGCAUGCGGGAACACAUCAGGAAGGACUUGGAUCGCAGCUUCGAGUUCUGAAUGCAGAUGUUUGAUGAUGCUUGGGUAUAAUACAGAUUGCUUUGCCCUUUCGUAGAGU